UUUGACAUUUGUCAGCUAGUAGGGAUAUUUUCUGAUUGGUAUUCCAAAGGAAUACAUGAUAUUCCUACUAUAUGUGCAAUAAAAUUACUAUAAUUUGUUAAAAUAGCGUCAGAUUGUUUUUGGACAACAGCGUUCGGCUGCUGCUCUGGAAUGAAACGCAGGCGCCUGCGCGUUCGCAUUCUCCCACACAGAUGGGCUCAGGACGCUUUGAGUCCGCUGACCUCCAAUCUGUGAUGUUUGUAAGCUUGAUGCUGGCACGAGGCCCGGGUAUGUGAGCGAAUCACUGGACUAGAAUAAAGACAUUGAAGAGAGCAAAGCCUCGCUUCUCUAAACCCGCCUUCCCGGGAGCUCCCAUUUUCCCAAGUCCUUCCAAACUCCCACCGCAGCCUGCAGCUCUCCGCCGGCUCCAGGUCCACAUCCACAUCCGCACUCGCAUUCGCACUCAUUCCCGUCAUGAAAUCCCUGUGGACAUGUUUACUUAUGUUAAAUCUUCGGCUUUUAUUAACAAUCGCAUUGAGAGUGGAUUCAAACUAUCACACAGGUCCACGAAACAGUGAUGAAGUUGACUACAAGGACCCAUGCAAAGCUGCUGCUUUUCUGGGCGACAUUGCUUUAGAUGAGGAGGACUUGCGCUUGCUUAAAGCCAGCUAUUUGGAUGCAAGAGAGAAUGACACUUCUAACAUCUCUAUACCUGAUUCAGCAAACAGAUCCUCAGCUAAUGGCAAUGCAAAGGACGACCCAGUUUUGGCCAAGAAAAGCCUUCUACGCAGACGGAGAGCAGCCACAGCCAGACCUGAGAGAGUUUGGCCAGAUGGCAUAAUACCCUAUGUCAUUAGUAGCAACUUCAGUGGCAGCCAGCGAGCCAUUUUCAAACAAGCCAUGCGUCACUGGGAGAAACACACUUGCGUGACUUUCAUGGAAAGAAGCACAGAGGAGAGCUAUAUCGUCUUUACCAUCCGGCCUUGUGGGUGCUGCUCGUUUGUCGGGCGAAGAGGUGGAGGUCCACAAGCUAUAUCUAUUGGGAAGAACUGUGACAAGUUUGGCAUCGUGGUGCAUGAACUUGGACAUGUCAUUGGAUUCUGGCACGAGCACACACGACCAGACCGGGAUGACCAUGUUGAUAUAUUUAGAGAAAACAUCCAGCCAGGUCAGGAGUACAAUUUCAUAAAGAUGGAGCCAGAUGAUGUGGAUUCGCUAGGGGAGGUUUACGAUUUUGACAGUAUCAUGCAUUACGCCAGAAACACCUUUUCCAGGGGCAUCUAUCUUGAUACCAUGCUGCCAAAGUAUGAAGUUGAUGGAGUCCGACCUCCCAUCGGGCAGCGGACGAGACUGAGCAAAGGGGACAUCGCUCAAGCUAGAAAAUUAUACAAGUGCCCAAGAUGUGGCGAGAGCCUUCAGGACAGCACUGGAAACUUCUCCUCCCCUGGGUACCCUAACGGAUAUGCUGCACAUCUUCACUGUAUAUGGAGGAUAUCGGUCACGCCGGGGGGAGAAGGUAGAAGAACUUUAUAUAGGAUAUCUUAUGAAAAGCAUUUAUAUCUAAAACAAUGUACGUUCAAAAUGUUGGGGUUGAUCAUUCUUAAUUUUACUUCAAUGGAUCUGUACAGAAGUCACUUGUGCUGGUACGAUCAUGUGGAGAUCCGUGAUGGAUACUGGAGAAAUGCACCUUUGAAAGGCCGUUUAUGUGGAGACCAGCUACCUGAGGCUAUUGUGUCCACAGACAGUCGACUGUGGAUUGAAUUUCGCAGCAGCAGUAAUUGGGUGGGGAAAGGCUUCUCUGCUGUCUAUGAAGCUAUUUGUGGAGGUGAAGUGAGAAGAGACAGUGGACAGAUUGAGUCACCCAAUUACCCUGAUGAUUAUCGGCCUAAUAAAUUGUGCACGUGGAAGAUCAUUGUACCACAGGGAUUUCAUGUGGGCCUCAUCUUCCAGUCAUUUGAGAUUGAGAAACAUGACAACUGUGCGUAUGACUACCUGGAACUGCGAGAUGGUGAUUCGGAGAACAGCCCUUUACUGGGCCGCUUCUGUGGCUACGAAAAGCCAGACGAUAUCAAGAGCAGCUCCAACCAGCUGUGGAUGAAGUUUGUGUCUGACGGUUCUGUGAACAAAGCUGGUUUUGCAGCUAAUUUCUUUAAAGAGAUUGACGAAUGCUCCAAGCCUGAUAAUGGACACUGUGAGCAGCGCUGUGUCAACACCUUGGGCAGUUACCAUUGUGCCUGCGACCCUGGAUACGAACUCGCCCCGGACCGCCGCAGCUGCGCAGCAGCUGCCUGUGGUGGAUUCAUCUCCAAACUCAAUGGCUCCUUCACUAGUCCAGGAUGGCCACAGGAAUACCCACCCAACAAGAACUGCGUGUGGCAGCUCAUUGCCCCGGUGCAGUACCGUAUCACUCUGCUUUUCGACGCUUUUGAGAUAGAGGGGAAUGAUGUUUGUAAAUACGAUUACGUUGAGGUACACAGCGGCUUGUCCACUGACGCAAAGCUUCAUGGGAAAUUCUGUGGCACAGAGAAACCAGAGGCGAUCACGUCCCAGCUCAAUAGUAUGCGUGUUGAGUUCAAAUCGGACAACACCGUGUCCAAGAGAGGCUUUAAAGCUCAGUUCUUUUCUGACAUGGAUGAGUGUUCUAGGGAGAAUGGAGGUUGCCAGCACGAGUGUGUGAACACAUAUGGGAGCUACAGCUGUCAGUGUCGCAGCGGCUUUGUGUUGCACAGCAAUAAACAUGACUGCAAAGAAGUGGGCUGUGAUCAAGCCAUUACCAGUGUUUCUGGUAUUAUUACAAGUCCAAACUGGCCGGAUAAAUACCCCAGCAAGAAGGCCUGCACAUGGACCCUAUCCACCACUCCAGGCCACCGCAUUAAAGUGGCUUUUGACGAGAUUGACAUGGAAGCUCAUCAGGAGUGUGCUUAUGACCACUUGGAGAUAUAUGAUGGCCCAACUGGCAGAGCGACCAGUUUUGGUCGCUUUUGUGGGAGUAAAAAGCCAUCACCUGUCAUUUCCAGUGGCAAUAGCAUGUUCCUGCGAUUCUUCUCAGAUAACUCGGUACAGAAGAGGGGUUUUAAGGCCUCUCAUUCAGCAGAGUGUGGUGGUAGUCUGAAGGCAGAGAUAAAGACCAAGGAUCUGUAUUCCCACGCUCAGUUCGGUGACAACAACUAUCCCGGAGCUUCAGACUGCCAGUGGGUGAUCUCAGCGGAAAAGGGCUACGGGGUGGAGCUCAUCUUUCACACUUUUGAGAUUGAGGAGGAAGCAGACUGCGGAUAUGAUUACGUAGAGCUGUUUGAUGGCGCUGAUGUCAAAGCACCCAGGCUGGGGCGCUACUGUGGGUCUGGGCCGCCAGAGGAGAUCUACUCAGCUGGUGAUGCCAUUGUCAUCAAAUUUCACUCAGAUGACACGAUCAACAAGAAAGGUUUCCAUGUUCGGUACACAAGCACCAAGUUCCAGGACACCUUGCACACUAGUAAGUGAGUUCUUAAUGACAGAAAGAGCUCCAGAGAACAUAGCAAUUAGGGGCCUCUGAUACCUCCUGCGCACUGUGUUAGUGAUGCCAGCUGGGGCCCCUUGUUCACCUCCCCUCCGGACUGCAAAGACGACCUAGUGGUACCAAACCCUUUCGAAAUCCUGGGAGAACACACUUGAUGUAGGGAUAUGGCAACAUAAUUUGCCCAGUCGUACUUCAAAGGAUCCAUUGAAAACUCUAUAGGAAAUGGAACAUCUGAGUGGCAGAUAUUAUAAGUAUGAAGAGCUUUGUUGACUCCAAGUCAAGGAGGAAGGAUAAAUUAGAUUCAAAGUGCCCUGAUGCACUUUUGCCUCCCAGAGAUAUCUUCAGUUCCUCAAAGGCUAGAAUCUAAGAUUUUUAGGUUGUUGUUUUAUUAUAAAAUUAAAUAAUGAAAUCCACAAAUCAUGAUUCUUUAUUGCCACACAUCUAGGCUGGUGGCUUUUGAAUUUGGAAAUGUAUAAAAUAUCAUUCAGUGAUCAUUACAAGGAUUAUAUCUUUUGUAAAAAGCAAUUCUAGCACCAUUUCUUACAUGACAGUUGUACAUUAUGAUUAUUCCGACUGCUAGACUUAAAUUAUAUGACAUUAAAUAUUGUUCACCUGAAGCAAUGAACUGUAAAACAAAAAUGUUGCGACUAAUAUUUAUGCAACUAAUAAACAUAAUUUGAGUACACAGAACAAACUUUAUCAGAAAUCUUGGUCUUUCGAAACAACUUGUUUAUAAUCCUUAUGAAAAUUAACCAUGGUUUUAUUAUAGUAAAAGUGUAGUAACAAUGGUAGUUUGGCGUAUAGAUUACCAUUUGUAAAACCGGUUUUACUACAGUUUAAACUAUGGUUAGAAUGCCAAAACCAUGGUUUAUUUAAUAGUUGCCAUGGUUUAAUAUAGUACCCAUUGUUUUUUGGUUUUAUUUGUAGUAAAAACAUGGUUAAUUUUCGUAAGGGAAUGUUACAUUUAUGAUGUUAAUCCUGAAGCCUUGAACUAGUCCAAUGUGUAGUAGUGCCCUGUUGAAAAAAACAGCAUAUGCUGGUUAGGUAGGUUUUGAUGCUGGGAUGCUGGUCCUUUGCUGGUUUAUGCUGGCUCUUUGCUGGUCCUUAGCUGGUUUAAGAUGGUCCUGGACCAGCACAUGACCAGCUAGGACCAGCACAAUCCAGCAAAGGACCAGCAUAAACCAGCUAAAACCAGCAUCAGAACCUACCUAACCAGCAUAUGCUGGUUUUCAAUAGGAUGGGCCAACCUGGCUAAAAACAUAUUAGUUUGUUUAGUUAAUCUUUUCUAGUCUUCUAGUUUUGGUCAGGUUGGUCAGUUGGUUAGUUUUAAAGGGGUUUGGGACUCUUUAGCUUGUCAGCUUGGAGACGCUCUUAAACCGGGCUCAGUGUAACACUGCCUCAUGUUUAUUUAUUUUAUGCAACAAUUAAUACAUAAUAAAAUCUCAAGGACACAA